AUGGACGUCCCAACCCUACCGAGCAAGGUGCCGGGCUAUGAUCUUUACAUCGACGGAUUUCAAGCUCUACGUCGUCCCAAGAUCCUGCAAGGUGCCAACAUCACCCACGUGGUCUCGGUCCUCGACUGGAAGUUCGCGAAUAACUGGGCUGUGCUGCGUGGGUUCCAGCAUCUACACAUCGCUCUCGAUGAUGUCUACGACUCGAACAUCCUGUCCUUCUUCCCGCAGAGCAACGCCUUCAUCCACGAAGGUCUGAAGCACUCCAGGUCCAGUAAAUCCGCGACCUCUGACGCCGCGUCCAAUGAUGCGAACGACUCCGGAGUCAAUCCCUUACCUGGCGGGGUCCUUGUUCACUGGUGGGUCACUCAUCUUUUCAUGUUUUCAUGUUUUCGUCUUUGGUGCUUUGUCUGGUCGAUUGGCCUGGCGCACAAGUGA